AUGGCUGCAGCUUCAACUGAUUCCAUACCCUCUGUAAACAAGGCUUGGGUGUACUCAGAAUAUGGAAAGUCUGCAGAUGUUUUGAAACUUGAUCCCAAUGUUCCUGUGCCGGAUAUAAAGGAAGACCAGGUGCUCAUCAAGGUGGUUGCUGCAGCUCUUAACCCAGUUGAUUACAAGAGGAUGUUUGGGUAUUUUAAGGCCACCGACUCUCCUCUACCUACUGUUCCAGGGUAUGAUGUUGCUGGUGUGGUGGUGAAAGUGGGAAGCCAAGUAACAAAGUUUAAGGUGGGGGAUGAAGUAUAUGGGGAUCUCAAUGAGAAAGCUGCGCAGCCAAAAAAGUUUGGGUCUUUGGCAGGGUACACUGCUGCAGAAGAAAGAGUUUUGGCUCUGAAACCCAAAAAUCUGAGUUUUGUUGAAGCUGCUAGCCUUCCCCUGGCUAUUGAGACUGCCUAUGAAGGGCUUGAACGAACUGAAUUUUCUGCUGGUAAAUCCAUUCUUGUUUUAGGAGGCGCUGGGGGGGUGGGCACACAUGUUAUUCAGCUAGCAAAGCAUGUUUUUGGUGCUUCAAAAGUAGCAGCAACUGCAAGCACUAGAAAACUGGAGCUGUUGAGAAGCUUGGGUGCUGAUUUGGCUGUCGACUAUACCAAGGAGAAGUUUGAAGAAUUGCCUGAGAAAUUUGAUGUGGUAUAUGACACAGUUGGGGAGUCUGAUAGGGCAGUGAAGGCAGUGAAAGAAGGUGGGAAAGUAUUGACAAUAGUAUCAGGUCGAGCAGCACCACCGGUCGUCCAUUUUGCACUGACUUCAACUGGGACUGUAUUGGAGAAGCUGAAGCCAUACUUGGAGAGUGGGAAGGUGAAGCCGGUGCUUGAUCCCACAAGCCCAUAUCCCUUUUCCAAGACUGUUGAAGCAUUUGCCUACCUUGAAACUUCCAGGGCUACAGGGAAGGUGGUUGUGCAUCCCAUCCCAUAA